CAAAGCAGGAUCGCGCGUCUCCUCGAGCAUUUUACCUCGGUGUUUCGUCGCGAAUACAUCGUUUUUCAGCGCUAUAAACGUGUAUCCAUAAGUGUCCAGUUGGCUAAUUCCCGUGGCGCGUUUUACCGUUUUUUAGUGUGACUGAGUGCGUGGGCCGCUAUGUCGUCCACCGUGAAAUUCACCUCGGACGAGAUAUUGGGCGAAUCAUGGGUGGAGCUGAAUCCUGUGCCAGACAGGAUAACACCGUUACCAUUCAGUAGUGGCGGAGAAGAAUAUCUGCGACUUCUCAGGGAAGCGCAAAGAGAUUCUUUGCCCUCGUCCGCUAAACAUUCUCUGGCGUCGUCGCGUCGAGGCACGCCAAGGGACAGCCCGAAGAGUCCACCGAACAGCCCUAACACGGAGCUUUCAACCGAAGAUGAACUGAAAGGAGUAUACAUAAACUACUGCUGUAACAAGGAGGCCGAAAUUUUAGAGAAGAACACCGACUGGAUCUACGAAUGGAGCUCGCGCCCGGAUCAAGCACCACCAAAAGAUUGGAAAUUCAAGCAUCCUCAAGGCAUGAAUAAAAGAAAGUCGUACAGCAUUCGUACGACGAAAGUAGGCAAGAUUGGUUUGUUCUCGAAGGAAGUCCUCUACACACUUUUUAUCACGAAUCUUUUAUCUGUAUUGGUCGGGGCUGGCCUGGGAGUCUGGCUGACCAGGCGAGGAUCGAUAACGUCCAGCGUGACCAUUGAGUGAAAAGAAUGUCCAGGUACGAGGAAGUCAGGAUUGCCGCGCUAAAUUUGCAAGAAAACGGAGUAUAAAAAAAACGGUUUGGUGUCUGUCGUCAAGCCGUUAGAAAGACUGAAGAGCCAAGAGGAAGGAUCGAUCGAGCCUAAAAUAAAAGGAGCAAACACGCAUCAUGUUUAUUUCGAUUACCCCGAUUUAAUAUUAUUAAAUAGCACUUUCUAUUCUUAAUCCUUCCCUGCCCGAAAAACUUGACGGUGUACUUAUUGAACGCCGUGUUUACUGUAAGUCGUACGUAAUUAUAAUGCUUAGAAGAAAAAAUGCUAAAAAAAAAACAAUACGAUUUAUUAUAUAUAUAUAUAUAUAUAUAUAUAUAGGAAUAUACAUAUAUCUAGCAUUGUUGAGGAAACUAGAAAACAUGUCCAUUUUAUACCAUUUCUAAUGCGUUUCUAUCUGCGAUAGUCCGUAGGUAUAGCUUGGAUAGUAUUUAUCGAUAAUAAUAAUUAUUAUUAUUAUUCGUUAAUUGAAGGAAUGGAGACUUGAAAGAAGGCAAAGAGUGUUUGCAUAAAUAGAAAUUAUAUAUAGUUUUUUUUUGUGUAAAGGAAAAGAUCGAGAACGUUUGUUGGAGAAGGGAAAGGAAAUAUUUUACGGUAAGAGACGUGUACCUUUGUUUAGAUUGUAAUUGUUCUGCUGCAUUGAAAUCUACGUUCAUUGUCGACACGAAUCGAUGGAAAUAUGUCUGCGAGAUAUGAUCGAAGCGCAAUGUGAUAAGAGAGCAGGGCGUUGUAUUUAAUUAAACGGAUUUCUCGUCUUUUUAAA